UUAAACUGCCUUCUACUGUACUACUUCUUGUCUCCAGCCGCUGUGCAAUGCAAUGCCCUUGGAGGCGCUAUAAACCAUUAGCUCUACACCACAAACAGCAGGCGAAUUCAAACCCUUGGCAGUGUGUGUUUGUCUUCCAAUAAGUCCUCUGCACUUCGAGCAAUGGCACUACUGAAAUCCAGCAAGAUUUUGACUAGUGUCGGGGCCCAGGCCCCUGCCUUGGUAGUUUUACAGUUCCGUGCAAGCUCAUGGUGGACUGAGGUGCAGAUGGGACCCCCAGAUCCCAUCCUGGGGGUCACAGAGGCCUUCAAGCGUGACACAAACCCUAAGAAGAUGAACCUCGGAGUGGGAGCUUAUCGAGAUGAUCAGGGCAAGCCGUAUGUCCUCAACUGUGUCCGCAAGGCUGAGGCCCAGAUUGCUGCUAAGAAGUUGGAUAAAGAGUACCUUCCUAUUGGAGGUUUGGCAGACUUUUCAAAGGCAUGCGCUCAGCUGGCUCUUGGACCUGAUAAUGAGGUCUUAAAGAGUGGAAGAAGCAUUACUGUCCAGACUAUUUCUGGAACUGGAUCUCUACGUGUUGGUGCUAAUUUUGUGUCCCGAUUCCACAAUGUGGCCCAGGAUGUAUACCUGCCCAAACCCUCUUGGGGAAACCAUACCCCUAUCUUCAGAGAUGCAGGCAUGCAGAUAAAGGCUUACACCUACUAUGACCCAAAAACCUGCGGCUUUGACCUCAAAGGAGCCCUGAAUGACAUUUCAAAAAUCCCUGAGAAGAGUGUGAUCGUUCUGCAUGCGUGUGCCCACAAUCCCACAGGAGUGGACCCAAAGCCUGAGCAGUGGAAGGAAAUGGCUGAUCUGAUCAAGAAAAGAAAUCUCCUGGUGUUCUUUGACAUGGCUUACCAGGGAUUUGCCAGUGGGGAUAUUGAUCGUGAUGCUUGGGCUGUGCGUUAUUUCAUUGAGCAUGGCCAUAACAUUCUUCUGUCCCAGUCUUUUGCUAAGAACAUGGGCCUGUAUGGUGAGCGUGUAGGGGGGUUCACAGUGGUUUGUAAGGAUGCUGAAGAGGCUAAGCGUGUGGAAUCCCAGCUGAAAAUUCUCAUACGGCCCAUCUACUCCAACCCCCCCAUGAGUGGAGCACGCAUCGCCUCCACUAUUCUCAACACACCUGAUCUCUACAAAGAGUGGCUUGAUGAGGUGAAAGGCAUGGCAAACCGUAUCAUCAAGAUGAGGGAAAUGCUUGUGUCUAAUCUGAAGAAGGAGGGCUCCACUCAAAACUGGCAGCAUGUCAUUGACCAGAUUGGCAUGUUCUGCUUCACAGGGCUCAAACCAGAGCAGGUGGAGCGUCUGAAUAAAGAUUUCUCUAUAUACAUGACGAAAGAUGGUCGGAUCUCUGUGGCUGGUGUGACCUCUGGAAACGUUGGAUAUCUAGCUCACGCCAUCCAUGCUGUCACCAAAUAAAGCUGCCACCCACAACUAGCUGCAGCAAAAAUUUACAUGAUUUGAAGUACUCUUUUAGGACCAGAUGUAAAAUAGGGCUAAUGUGUAGAUGGCCAGUUCACUUGAUUUGGCAUUGUAAAUGUUAAUUCAUGAGUGUAAAUGUGAGCCACCUAAUAAACUAAGGCAAUAUUCUUGCUAUGAAAUUUCUAAAUGAUAAGCUUUAAAUUAUAUCACUUAUCAUGUAUUUCCUGAGGUAAAACCGAUAAGAACGUUUUUAUGGUCCAAAGUAUUCUGAUUUGCUAUUCAUACCCAAAUGUUUCGUCAUUGAGAAUUAACUAAACUGAGUCAACCAGAUUUCAUGUUUAGAUUCUGAUUGUAAAGUCCUUGAAGGACUGUAAUCAAUUUAUGAUGGUAAUUUAACCCAGAGGUGCCACUAAUGAUUCAACAGAGGUCCUCUUGAGUAGUACCAUGUUGUUCUUAGCCAUAUUUAUGACAACAAGGCAUUUAAUCCAUACUGAGUUGUAAGUUUCAAUGUAUGCUCACUAAUAGUGAUGAAUGAUUGCCCACAGUGUGUGCUCUAGAUGUGUUCCUGUGUAAAUUAUUGUAGUUAUUUUGCUGUGUGACUGCCCAGUAUUUCCUGGAAUGUUUUGUAUACGUCACACACAAAUCAUGUCCUAAAUGGCAUACACAAUAAUUCUAAUAACCAGGAGGAAUGUGCAGAGUGCUGUUCUCCAAUUUGGUCCUGGCUGUUAAAACUUAACCUGAUCUAUCAAAUGUUAAAAGAAUGUUUACAUACAGUCAUUUUCAUUAGGGCAAAAUCGAAUUGGGAUUCAUUUUAGAAUGAAAACCUCCUUGAACACAUACUGUAACUGAUUUAUCAGUAGUUAAUCAAUGCUUUAAGAAAAGCUUUGCAUGCUGUGUGUGGGUGUUUAUGGAUCCAGUGAUCCGGUCUCCUUUCUAAACUGGCUCUGUCUAAGAUUGACAUCAACUGGUUAUGGGGCACUGUUAUGAUUGCACUAAAGAGAGACUGUUUGCCUUGAGUUUUAUUCAGACUGAAUGUAUGGUCUUUUGAUACAUGGUUAAAUAUAUGUUUGUAUAGCAGAUUAUAUUAUUCCUAAAGUAAAUUGAUCUGUUAAUAUAUUUUUCCAAGAUUUCCAGAACUGCCAUCUGCCUAAAACAAAUUUAAUGUCACAAGUGGAAUGACUCAUACAACUUAAACAAUAAACAAAUGAAUAAAGGUGAGCUCAACGAAA